GUGGAGUAACUAAGGGCGGCUGUUUUCCACGAUCUCGGUUCUAGCCCUGGAGAGGCGUGCGCACCCGGCGGAGGGACUAACGGGGUCCCGCCCCGCUGCCGGAAGAGCCUGUGGGGCAAAGGGAAGGUGUGGGUGGGAGUGCGGCCGUGGGAACGCCGUGCUGCCUGCGGGCAGGUGAGCGCCGCCGGGGACCGAGGGUCCCUGCUGGCGGGGGUGGCGGGCGUCUGUCAUCCUAGCCCCGGGAGGCCUGGAUUAGAAGUUCAAAGAGCUUGGCUACGUGGCGAGUUCAAAGCCAGCCGGGGCUACAUGAGCCCUUGUUAAGUUUAAAAAAAGAAAAAAGCGAAGACGUGUGACCCGGGCCCGGAAGACUUAGUGAAGUCGUAACUCCGGUUUCCAGAAAAAUCUCCGGUUACCUGCCAGGGACAUAACUCAGUGUUGGCUCAGUACUGUGCCACAUCGUACACAUCGUACAACUUAGGACAGGAUGAGUGAUGCUGGGUCCAGAAUGGAGGUGUGCCCAUAUUGUAAGAAACCGUUUAAGCGAUUAAAAUCCCACUUGCCAUACUGUAAGAUGAUAAGGCCAACCAUAUCUGCUGACCAACAAGUUCAUCUGUCCAAGCCAGCUACACUUUCACAUGCUAAAAAGGAAACGGGGCCUCCCAGAGUCGUGACUAAAGCUGACAGGAGAGCACUAGAGACAAAGACUGAGAAGAGUAAUACCAAAAGGAUAAGCGACAGACCAGAAGGGACAGCCACAUCCUUUCCACUACGAGUGGUUUGCUUGAAAAAAGCAGAUACCACAAAGGCAGGAACAGAAAUCAGGGAUCAAAAUCAGCUUUCCUUCCAAGUGUUAAAACACACUGAACCAAAGAUUACUUUGCAGAGAGUAAGAACGGCUCAGUCUUGUGUGUCAGAUGCCUCCUCUCCCAGAAGAGACCUUGCCAAAGGUGGGUGUGAGUCAAGAGAGAGUCCAUGUGAUCUUUCAGAAAUGGAAGCACCUUUACUGGUUGGCUCAAUGGAACAGCGUUUGUCUAAUCAAGAUAGGAAAUAUUCCUCAGUUUUGCUUAAUGAAAAACCAGCCACUUCCAUAAAUCUGAAAUUGGACACAAUUGAUCCCCAAAGACAGGGGCCUCUGGUAAAAUUGUUGGAUGUGCCUACUAAUAAUAAUCAGUCUCCAAAGGCCCUCAGCAGUGGGGUUCAAAGGGUAAGACUCCCGUCAGUGUUGAGCAAGGAGAGCAGCUCCACAGGAGUCUCUCCCAACCUUGGACACACUGCAACUCCGGACAAGACCUCAGACUCGCUUGUUUUAGGCCUUCACACUGGCCUGCUGGGGAAAGUGCAAGACAAGGGGCAUCAGGAAAAGGAGCUUGGAGGAAAGUUGUUUGGGAGCAAGAGAAGUGCUGAGAAGAGCGUGUCUCCAACAGGGAGACAGGACUUGGCAUCCGUGAUCCCUGCUGAGAAGAACUCCAGGACUGGCGGUGCAGCCAUGAAGGCAGGACCACAGGAGGAAGAGCCACUCUGGACUCUGUCCACUCCACCCGAGGCAGCUUGCGGUACGUUGCUCUCUGCGGCAGAGUCAGGUACUCAGAGUCUCGCCUCUCUGACUUUGAAACCUCUUCAAGAAGAGAGAGCCCAAUUCUGCGGUCAUCAUCAAGUCCCUGCUGUGACACUCUUAGUGGAGAGUAAGGAAAAAGCUCUUCCGGAACCAAAAUCUGCCUGCCAACAUCAAGCCCUGAAGACCGGGUACCACACAGAGUCAUAUUCAGCACAGCAUCCCGUCUCCACAGGCUCCCUCGUCAGUCACGUUGCUGCUGACUCAAAGGCCCUUCCCACCCCAGUGGGACUGGAGUGGUUUCCAGAGCUCUACCCUGGUUAUGUUGGACUUGGGGUACUGCCAAGAAGGUCUCUGCAUUGGAACUCAGUGACCCAGAUGCCUCUGCUUGCCACUUCCCAGGGUGGGAGCGUAUCACAAGGCUGGAUGCGGUGCAACACUACCAUCAAGAAGAGCGGAGUCAGGAGCCUCUCGAUGCUCUUCGCGGGAUACUUCAUCCUGUGUUGGAACUGGAGUUUCAGGCAUCUGAAGCUGCAGCGCUGGCGAAAGUCAUGAGCCCUGACACCACUUGGGAAGCACUGGAGCAGCAGAGGACUGUGACGCAGAGGACUCCAGGUUUAAAUAUGUACUGGGGACAGAAGGACACAAAGAAUAAAACUGUAGUCACAAACA